GCUGGGGAGCGGGGCAGCGCGGCCGCGGCUGUGCGGGCAGCUGAGCGCAGCGUGAGACCUUCCCAGCAAGGAGAAGAGGUCCUGCUCGCUACGCCUCCCCUAGAGCUUUGCUAGCAUGUAGAGGCGAGGAAGAAGGAUCCUCCUGCCCGGGUGGUGAGCUGCUUGCCCAGGGGCCAAACGAGGAGACCUGCAGAGUGAGGGAAAACAAAAUCGAGUGCCAGCCUCGGGGGAGAGAGUGCGAGGCGUGACUGGGGAGAGAGCUGCCCCGGAGGCACUGCAGGACUGCUCCUUAGCAAAGCGAGCUUGAGCUCUUCAGCCCCUCAGCAAAUGACCCGGGCAAAGAUCCUGAGCUGGCAGCAGCCAGAAUGUCCUACUGCCCCAGCGCCCAGGGGAGCCAGACCUGCGCUGGUGCUGACAUGGCUCAGGGGGUGCACUUGUGCUCCUUCCAGCAGCUCCUUCAAGCACUUUGCUCAGUCUCUGGUGUGUGAUGCGUGCUGGAAUGUGGGCAGCACUGCUGCCUUCAUUUCGGUUCCCUUCCUUGUUCCUAAGGGAUCCAAGCCAGAGGCUGGACCUGCAAGUAGGCCUUCUUUGUUUAGAUUCCCCUUAGUGCACAAGUCAUCUGUGAAGCCUCCUCUGAUUUUGGAUGACCUAAUUUUGUGCAAUGUCUGGUUUCAUGUUCACAGGAAUGUGCCUUUUCCCUUAUGGGCCUUCCUCUUUUUUGGAGUGACCAGUUCCAGUCCAGUCCCAAGAAACCUUUCUGGGCAGAUCAGAUCUCCUGGUUAUCCCAAACCAUAUCCCAACAAUAACAGCAGCAGUUGGAAUAUCCAUGUCCCAGUAGGCUACAUAGUGAAGCUGACUUUCAGAUAUUUUGAUCUGGAGCCAUCUGAGUCCUGCUUCUAUGACUAUGUUGAGAUCAGAGCAGACAAGAAGAACUUGGGUCGAUACUGUGGCCAGCUUGAGUCAACCACAGGCAAUCACCCAGGAAGAAAGGAGUUUGUUUCUAAGGGGAACAGGAUGCAGCUGGAGUUUCACUCUGAUUUCUCCAAUGAAGACAACGGCACAGUGAUUCCCUACAGGGGCUUCCUGGCCUCUUACCAAGCUGUGGACCUUGAUGAAUGUGACCCUAACAAUGCUGCUGCACAUGAUGAAAGGCCUAAGUGCCAGCACUUCUGUCACAACUAUGUGGGUAGCUACUUCUGUUCUUGCAAGCCUGGCUACCAGCUUCAGAGUGAUCAGCACUCCUGCAAAGUACAGUGCAGCAGUGAGUUGUUCACAGAGGCAUCUGGGUACCUGAGCAGCCCUGAGUACCCCCAGCCCUAUCCUGGACAUCUCCGCUGUAACUACAGCAUCCGUCUGCAGAAGGGCCUGUCUAUCAUCCUCCAGUUCUUGGAGCCCUUUGAGAUUGAUGACCACCAGCAGGUCCACUGUCCUUAUGACCAGCUUAAGGUUCAAGCACAAGGGAGAGAGAUUGGUGAGUUCUGUGGCAGGGAGUCACCUGGCAGCAUUGAAACCAAAAGCAAUGAGGUGGACAUACUCUUCCUCACUGACAAGUCAGGCUUCAGCCGUGGCUGGAAGAUCCACUACACCUCAGAGAAAGUACGAUGUCCACAGCCUGUCCCACGGGAUCCGUUUUCCAUCAUCAGAGACCUGCAGCCUGUCUAUCGAUUUCAGGACUACUUCAUUGUCAGCUGCAAGGCUGGGUAUAACCUGAUGGAGGGCGACCGAAAGCUGAAGUCCUUCACGGCUGUCUGCCAGGCUGAUGGGACAUGGCAUCAACCCCUGCCCCGCUGUGAAAUUGUGAACUGUGGCAACCCUGCAGAGCUGCCCAAUGGAGCAUUCAGCUACCUUAACACACCUGCAAACAAUGAGUACCAGUCAGUGAUCACCUACCAGUGCAAUGAGCCAUAUUAUCACCUUGUCACUGGAACAGGUGGUGACAGGUUCACCUGCUCAUCGGAGGGAACCUGGGUGGAUGGAGAUGGUCAGGUGAAGAUUCCUGCCUGCUUGCCAGUGUGUGGGAAGCCAGACAACCCUGUGACUGAAGUGCAGCAGGUCUUGGGAGGCAGGUCAGCCAGGAGAGGCAACUUCCCUUGGCAGGCUCUGACUGGCAUCCACGGCCGAGGGGGUGGUGCGCUCCUGGGCGAGCGCUGGAUCCUGACUGCUGCCCACACCGUCUUCCCCAAAGGGGCAGGGUACCGCAACGUGAGCCUGGACCAGCUGGCAGAGGAGACUAAUGUUUUCCUUGGCCACACCAAGGUGGAGGAGCUCCACAGGCUGGGUAACCACCCUGUACGUAGGAUCUUUAUCCAUCCAGAUUACGACCCUGAAGACGAGUACAACUUCAAUGGGGACAUCGCCCUGCUGGAGCUGAAGCACCCAGUAACCCUAGGCCCUGCAGUGCUGCCCAUCUGCCUCCCAGAUCCCACCGACACCACCUCCUACCUGGAUGGACACGUGGGCUACGUGAGUGGCUUCGGCGUGGAGAAAAACUUCAUCUCCAAUGAGCUGAAGUACAGGAGGCUGCCCGCGGUUGCCCAAGACAAGUGUCAGCGCUGGCUGGACGGCAAGAGCAGAGAUGUACCCAUGGUCUUCUCUGAGAACAUGUUCUGUGCUGGCUCCCUCACAGUCAAGCAGGACACGUGCCAGGGGGAUAGUGGCAGUGUCUUCACGGUGUUAGACGCUGCAAGGGGUCGCUGGGUGGCCACUGGUGUUGUUUCUUGGGGUAUCGGCUGUGGCGAAGGCUAUGGCUUCUACACCAAGAUCCUCAGCUACUUGGACUGGAUAAAGGGGAUAGUGAGGGAGGACUGGCUCUAAAUGUGAUGAAGGAUUGCUGACAGCACAGAGAUGUCCAGGCACAGCAGAUUGCAUCUACAGCUUCUGGAGUUAUCCCAAAGGCUUCUUAAACACACAGGCAAUGUAGUCUGUAGCAUGAGCUCUUCUGAAGGCCACUACACUGUUUCACAGAGUCACAGAAUGUUAGGAGUUGGAAGGGACUUCCAGAGAUCAUCCAGUCCAAUCCUUCUGCCACAGCAGCAUCACCUAGGGCAGGUCACACAGGAACACAACCAGGUGGGUUUGGAAUGUCUCCAGAGAAGGAGACUCCACAAGCUCUCUGGUUUGAUGGAUUCUUGGUGGUAACCAUCAGAACUUCAGAACAAAGCACAUCAGAACCAAACUGUUGGCAGCUUUUGGGACACAUUUGUGGACAUUGUAAUUCUUUCAGAUCUUAUAACUGGAUGAAGCCUUAAAAAUCUGAGGAAAUGUCAUGGCAACAAAACGAGUGUUUGAAGUGCUGAGGGCAUCAUCAGACUCCUGCAGUCUGCUUCCGUGCAUGGGAAGGUUGCAGGGCAGCAGACUUUGUGAAAGGAUGUGGAACUUUGUGCUGAGGACAAUGUGCAUUUGCCCAUGAGUGAGCCCAUCAGUGCUCAUGAGAUUUGCCCAUCAGUGAGGUCCUAUGAAUAUUAAAGGCAUGGCUGGAGAAAUGA